AUAUGAAAAAAGAAAAAAGCUUUCAGUGGCUUUGGCACAGUCAAUCCCCUCUCUUCCUCCUGCGAUAUUCCUCCUCUCUCGCGCGCGAUCACUUCUCUCGAUGGCCAUCGAACUUUAAACACUCAAGAAUGAACUGCGAUGUCUUUAAGUUCUGGAUCGCAUUUCCUUUGGCUAACGGCGAAACUAAUUGAAGAUUAGCUGAGAAGAAGUCUACAUUGAGAAAUUUGGAUUGGGAUAGUUUAGAAUUCGAACUACCGAAUAUAUAUCCGGGCUGAGAAGUUUGACAUAUGGAAGAUCUCCAUUCUGUUAGUAGCCCUAGAAGAAUACUCAGUCUGUCAAAGAAACGAACUUUGAUCUCCUUGGACAGAGAUGACAAAGCGCCUGGGUUUGGGCUAUCGGGAGAACAUGGCCCCAAACCUUCAGAAGUUUACGGGUUUGUGGGUUCCAUCACAACAGUGGUUGCUACAGUUGUAUACUUGAUCUGGGCAUAUGUUCCAGACUCUUGGCUGCAUUCCGUUGGAAUCUUCUACUAUCCUAGCAGGUAUUGGGCACUGGCGGUGCCUGCCUAUGUCAUGGUUUCUAUAGCAUUAGCAUGGCUAUUUUACAUUGGUCUCAACUUUAUGUCCACUCCACCGCCAACUUCCUUCAAUAUAAUGUUUGAUGAAUUCAGUAAAGAACCAUCUAUCUCUACUUUUUCAGAAGAAGAAGAUCGACCUAUUGAACCGAUAUCCGAUAUUGGGAUUAACAGAAUCAACGAUCUCAUGUUCAACAAUAAGAAAUGAUAAAUAGGAACAUGUUGGCAACUCUAACAGAAUUACUCCCCCAGGAAGUGCUGAUAAAAAGAAAGUAGAAUUGCACAUAAAUAUAGCUACUACGACGACUUUAAAUUACAAGAUCGAUGUCCAUGAUAUCUCCCCGACAUCGUGAGGGGCAGGUAAUGGUCGUUGUGUCGUCCUACUUGAUUGUGUACUCCGAAUGGAUAGCGGAAUAUCACACAUAAUUAGUAGCUUUGGGUCUUCAAAACACCAGUGCAAUGUUUAAGGUGGGAGCUCCCAACGAUUUUAAUGUACCAUAUAACAACUAAUUUUAAUGUAUAAUUAUAUAAUAUUAAGUGA